GUUUCUCGCUCAUACGUGGUAGACGCGCCGCCUUUCUUGGCUACAAAAUCCCCUUGAAUUUUUGACAAAACCCAACCAACCCUUCCUCCCAAGAAGAUCUCAGAAAACCCAUUUCAGCAACCCCAGAUCUGUUGCUUAACACCGCUUACGUCUCUCUCUCUCUCUCUCUCUCUCUCUCUCUAUCAUGUUCUUGUUAGUUAUACAGAGUGAAUAAGAGAAAGGCUGAAAAAGAAAAUACAGAAGAGUUAUUUAUGAAGAUUCAAUAACAGACAGAAAACAGAAAGGGUCAGCAGUUUUAUGAAGAUUGAAUGAGAGAAGGUUGAAAAGGAACAGGUGUGCAUUUUGUCUUCCUGGGGUUUGCCAGCUACAUACUUGACCCGUAUCGAUGGGAGGAGUUGUUGGAAAGGGUGAGAAAGGGGACUCAUCUACAAACCCUUGUGUACCUGAAACGAAACUCGAGGCUAAGAUGGUCGAAGCAAUGCAGAGGAGGGCAUUGGAAGGAGCUGCCAUGAAGUCAUUUAACAGCCUAAUCUUGAAAUUCCCAAAAAUUGACCAGAGCUUUAGGAAAUGCAAAACCAUCUUCGAGGAAUUUGAUGAAGAUUCAAAUGGCGCAAUAGAUCCCGAAGAACUGAAGCAUUGCUUUCACAAACUGGAAGUUAAGUUCACGGAGGAGGAGAUCAACGAUCUCUUUGAGGCGUGUGAUAUAAAUGAGAAAGCGAAUUUGGGAAUGAAAUUCAAUGAAUUCAUCGUUCUCCUAUGCCUCGUAUAUCUUCUCUACGAUGAUCCCCAUGCCCUUCAUGCUAAAUCACGGAUGGGAUUACCAGAUCUUGAGGCGACUUUUGAAACACUGGUCAAUGCAUUCGCGUUUUUGGACAAGAAUAAAGAUGGGUAUGUCAGCAAGAAUGAGAUGGUUCAGGCCAUAAAUGAAACAACUACUGGUGAACGCUCUUCUGGGCGUAUAGCCAUGAAAAGAUUCGAGGAGAUGGACUGGGACAAAAAUGGAAUGGUGACAUUCAAGGAGUUCCUCUUUGCAUUUACCCGUUGGAUCGGAAUCGAUGAAAUUGAAGAUGAAGAUGAAGACGAAGGUGAAGAAUGAGAUCCUCAAUGGGACGUGCUUCUCGCCAUUCGUUUGCCAUCCGCAAACAGUUCUUCCCAAAAGAAGAGAAUUCCAAUGCGAGGUUUGCUCUCUUUCUCCCGAAAUAAUGGCAAAGUAGAGAGAUUUUAAAACAUUUUCAAUCAGAAUCCAUCAAUCCCCUCUGUUGGGUUUUGCAAGUUAUCAUGUAAAUAGUCUCUCAAGUGAAGAUUCAGAACUCCUAUGCAUUUAUAAAUAACAAAAACAAACAAGCUUCUUUAUUGCUA